AGCCAACUUCAUUAAUAUUAAUGAAGAAAUUGGUUAAUGUAAUAAGUUAACUGGUUAAUAAUUAACAUAAAUAAGUAUAUAAAUGGAAAAUAAAAUAAAGUUAAGAGAUUACACUAUUCCGGCGAUCGAAGAAAGGAUUAAAGACUUAGUAAAAAGACGAGUAAAUCGUCCAGAUGGUAUACCAGCAGAACGUGCUAAAGAAAAACUGUCUAAGUACAAGGAGUACCGUAAAGAGCGACAAGAUUCUCUUGGUACAGUACAUCGUCACGUAUUAGAAGUCGUUGCUUUUAUUUUGGAUACAGAUGUUACUGUUUUGGAGGAUGGGCUCGUUGACAAAGACGAGUAUCUACAGAUAUUCAGUAGUUUUUUUGCUAAAGGCGGACGUCAAGCUCUAAUAAUUCAUUAUCAACCCAUGACACCACCACCUUUUGAAUCUGGAAGAUGGGACUCUAAUAAUUCAGUGGAUAAUUUUCUACGUUGCUGUGUUACUGAUGGAACUACUGAAAAAUUAUCAGGAAAAUGUGUUGUGGUCUAUCGUUUAAAUCCGGACACUAAUUUUGAAAUUAAACAAUUACUUGAGGAAACUUAUUACGCUUACAUGGAAGUUGAAGGGAAAUUUAGUGGCGCACUGAGUAGUAUCUCAGGUCUUAUUUCUCGAUUGAACGCGCCGGCAAUAGAGAUUAAUAAACAGUGGGGUGAUCUACUAAGGAAUCAAGUAGGAACGAAGAUUAAGGACAAUUUCAUUGGCGACUUUAAGGAUUUUUGUCAAUUUAUACAAACGACGAAUGCUGAUCUAGAGAGUGUUCUGAAGCUCAAUCAAUAUCAAGAUGUUUUUGAAAAAUAUGCAUCAACUAUGGAAAAUGUGAUCGAGAAUGCGAAAAAUUACGACACGAUUAUUUUAGUCGAAGAAUGUGUUCGUGUUUGGAUCAAACAAAUGGAGCGGGCACUUGUUGAAAGCCAACAACUACGCCGUGAAACGGAGGAUGUCGGACCAACCGCUGAGCUAGUCUACUGGCGAGGAAUUCUCACACGUUUUUCUUACAUCGUUGACCACAUAAAGCGAGCAGAGACACAGAUGUUCAUAGCACUAUUAGUUAGAGCCAAGUCUAAGCUUGUUAAAAAGUGGAAAAAGCUUGAUGAUGAUAUUACGAUGAUUGAAUUACUGGCUCGAGAUAACGUUAAAUAUUUAUACGCAAUUGAAAAAUAUACCCGUCCGUUAUAUUUAUUAGAUCCUACUAAAAUUGGUCAGCAUUUACCUGCAUUGAUGCAUUCCAUUCGUAUGGUUUAUACUACAUCACGUUUUUUUAAUACUCAGAGAAUGAUGACUGCGUUAUUUGUCAAGAUAACUAAUCAAAUGAUUUUAAAUUGCAAAUCAUACAUAACUAAAAAUGAAACACUUGACAUUUGGCGAGACGAAAAGCCAUCAGUCAUAUCACGGAUGAAAGAUUGCAUAAAUUUAUACCAUCAAUAUUACGAGUCUUACAAAGUUAUGUUGAAGAAUAUUGAAGAGGCUGACGAACGGCUGAUCGAAGUAUCAGAAAUGUAUGUUUUUGGGAAGUUUGAUAAAUUUAAGACACGUUUAAAUAAACUCAUCGAUGUCCUAGAGACAAAUAUAAGUCAUUCGGUACUCGAAAGCUCGACAAUUGAGGGAAUCGAUAACUUUGAAAAAAAAUUAACGUCAUAUUUUAAUAAAAUAGUGACACAAAGUUACAAUCCGUUGGAUCACCGAAAGCCAUUUUUUGAUCUCGACUACGAGGAGUUUAAGAAAAACGUCAGUGAUACCGAGUUUGAAAUGAGAGUUUUCUUUUUCAAAACAGUUUCACUUGCUCCGAAUAUCGAUGAGGCUUUGCGAUUGGUUCUUAGGUUUGAAAAGCUAAAGUUCGAGCGGGAGUUGUGGAUCGAUCGCAAGUACCUGGAGCUUGUGACAAUGUACCAAAAGGAAGUCGAAGCAAUACGAGACAGAUACAACGAAGACAGAUCCUCACCACCUUUACCUAGAAAUGUACCACCUGUUGCUGGUAGAAUUUUAUGGAUUAGACAGUUGUACAGACGUAUUGAAAUACCCAUGGAUAUAUUUAAAAAACGAGACAAAGUAAUAACGCAUGAGAGGAUGCAAAAGUGUAUUAAAAUUUAUAAUUCACUUGUACGUGUUUUUGUUCAUUAUGAAAUUAUUUAUCACAAAGCUUGGUUUGAUUCUGCUGAAGUUGUUCGCUUGGCAUUAACGUCACCUCUACUGAUCCGUGAUCCGCAAACAAAUAAAUAUAUAAUAAAUUUCGAUCCAUACAUACAUGAAGUAAUAAGAGAAGCUGAAUACAUGUCACGUUUGAAUUUAAAAAUACCCGAGUUCACACGCAUAAUAACAUUCUGUAAAGAAAAAAUUUAUUUAUCAUAUGAAGAAAUAAAAAAUCUCAUUGAAAUAAAUAACCGGAUACGCGAGUCGGUGCCCCAAUUAUUCCAAAAUUUAAUGACCGGUGUAUUUAAUAAAUUGGAUAAAUUAUUUAAGCCGUGCCUCUCAGUAGUGACAUGGACGUCACUGAAAAUCCCCGAAGUAUGCCAAGAAAUAAGUGCAGUAAUACAAGACAUUGAAGAAUUUGUUAACAAAGUUUGCGCCACGAAAGAAGUUAGGAUUGAAAAUAUAAUAGAAAUUAUCUCCGACACUAAAUUGAUAAAUUUAAAUGACUCGCCUGUCAGCCCAGCUGAAUUUUCACAAGAUAAUUUAAUAUACGCACAGACAGUUGCUAAAGAUUUAGAAAUAAAAUCAACAGCUGUGGAAACUGCUCUUAUUAUGAUUAUAAAUAAGUGUCUUGACUUUAUAAAUCUAGAGGAAAUUGGAGAUGGAGACGAAGAUAUUAAUAAUGAUAAAUAUCGCUGGUUAGAUCCUGACCGGGUCAAACGUGAAAUCGGAUCUCAGUCACGCAUUACACGUCCGUCUAUUGAUACUGAUCGCAAACCAUCAGCUGAUGAUGAUUAUAUCGAUACUAAAAUUUAUUUAAAUCGAAUUUUCAAUUAUUGCAUGGAAUUAUUCACGUAUUUUAAUAAUAAACUUAUUGAGGCACUGGUCAAUUGCACAAAGAGAUCAUUGGAAUUGUUGAAGAAGCGUAUUGGUACAAGCAUUAAAGCAGGAGGAAAUCCGCUACUGCUGACUCAGUUUAUUUUACAAAUACCGAGCAUUGUUGUGAUACCCAGUGUCGAGGAGCUCAAUAGUCAUGUGCAAUUGGUUGUAAAAAAUUUAAUUCAAGUGCAUGAUUGUAUUAUUAUGUGGGGACAAAGAUAUUCGAGAAUUAAAGGAUUUAAAAAUACCCCGGAUGACAAUGAAAAUAAAUCAUUACGAACAUAUCAUGAAAUAAUAUCAGAACACAAAGAAAUAAUUCGCAGUACAAUGAGUUUUCAAGCGAGUAUUUUAAUUCUACGUGAAGAUAUCAAUCAUUUAAAAAAUAGUUAUAUAGAAAAAUAUUUAAAUAUUUGGGCAGAAGAUCGUAAUACAGAACUAAAAAAUUUUGUUGACUCUGAUCCCGGCAGUUAUAAAAUUCGCGAAAAAUUCAUUAUGUACGAGAAUUUAAUUACUGAAAUAAAUAGCAUACCAUCACGACAUCUUGUCGGUCCAGUUGAAAUAAAUAUGGAAAAAUUAAAACUCGGCUUACUAGUCGAAGUUGAAAAUUGGAAAUUAAAUUUCGGCACAAUAUUGGCGGGAAAAUAUAAAACAAAAUUAACAACAAUAGUAAAUUAUAUAGAAGAUAAAAAUAAAAUAUUGUCACAUACAAUUGCCGAUUUGGAAGACGUGAGAUUGGCGAUGCGAUGUUUGGAUGCGAUACGUAAUGAUUUUAUUGAUCUAGACUGUCAGUUGAUAAUGAUAGAGGAAACCUAUGCUCUGAUGAAUGAAUUUAAUAUAACAGUAUGUAAAGAUGACCAAAAUAUAGUAGAUGGUUUACGUUAUAGUUUUACAAAUAUGUUGGAAAAAGCUAAACAAGUUCAAGGAAAAAUUUGUGAUAUCCAAGAACCACUCAAGAGAGAAUUGAUCGAAGGAGUUAGAGUUUUACGAAGCGAUGUUGAACAUUUUGACUUAGAAUUCGAGUUCCACGGACCUUUGGAGGAAGGAAUUCCCGCUAAAGAAGCUAGUGAACGAUUGUUACUUGCUCAAGCACGCUAUGACGAAUUAUAUGAACGGUACCAAACAUACAGUAGUGGAGAAUCACUUUUUGGUUUAGAAAUAACCAGUUAUCCGUCUCUGGAAAAACGAAAGAAAGAAAUGAAUUUGUUACAAAAAUUAUAUGGGCUCUAUUCCCAGGUAAUGAGGACCAUUGACGGCUAUUAUGAAAUUCUGUGGUCGGAAAUCGAUAUCGAUAGUAUAAUUGCUGAGCUUGCGGACUUACAGAACAAAUGUCGUAAAUUACCUAAAGGUAUGCGGGAAUGGCCAGCGUACAUUGAUUUGCGUAAAAAAAUAGAGGACUUUAAUGAAACAUGUCCAUUACUCGAACUGAUGGCAAAUAAAGCCGUGAAGGAACGUCAUUGGGAGCGUCUAUCAAAGCUGUGUAAUUAUUUAUUUGACAUCGAGUCGGACAAUUUUACAUUAGCUAAUGUAAUGCAAGCGCCGUUGCUUAAAUACAAGGACGAUGUUGAGGACAUUUGUAUUAGUGCUGUAAAGGAAAUGGAUAUUGAGAGCAAACUUAAGCAAGUGAUUGCCGAUUGGUCGGUCAUUGAUUUACAGUUUGCGAUGUUCAAACAAAGGGGAGAAUUAUUGUUGAAGGGUACUGAGACUACGGAGAUAAUUAGUCAGCUGGAAGACAGCUUGAUGGUUAUCAGCUCUCUCAUGGCCAACAGGUAUAACACGUACUACAAAAAAGAUAUACAGUUGUGGCAAAAUAAAUUGAGCAAUACGUCUGAAAUAUUGGCCAAGUGGUUAACGGUACAGAAUUUGUGGGCGUACUUAGAAGCAGUUUUUAUCGGCGGUGAUAUUGCUAAGCAGCUUCCGGGUGAAGCUAAGCGGUUUAAUAAUAUUGACAAAGCAUGGGUGAAGCUAAUGUACCGAGCCCGCGAGAAAAUUAACGCAGUUGAAACCUGCACCGGCGAUGAAACGAUGAGUCAAUUUCUGCCUCACUUACUCGAGCAAUUAGAGUCAUGUCAAAAAUCACUCAGCGGAUAUUUAGAAACAAAACGCGUCGCCUUUCCCAGAUUUUGUUUCGUUUCUGACCCGACUCUGCUUGAGAUCCUCGGCCAGGCUGCUGACAGUCACGCAAUUCAAAAUUAUCUCGACGGUUUCUUCGAUAACAUCGCAAAGCUAGACUUUUCAGACACCGAAUAUGAUAAAAUAACCGCGAUGUAUUCUCACGAAGAUGAAAAAAUUUUUUUAGAGCAAGAAGUACUUUGUACAGGAGGAGUUGAAAAUUGGCUGAAUGUUCUUUUGAAAAUUCAUCAACAGUCCGUAGGUGCUGUGAUAUCACAAGGCCUUCAAUUGUUAUCACAUCCUGAUACAGUUAUUUUGACUCUUAUAGAUGAGUCCAUUCUCCAAGUUGCUUUAUUAGCACUUCAAACCCUUUGGACUCGUGAUUCCGAGAUAGCAAUUAUGACAUCCCGACGUGAUAAAAUGAUAAUGAAGAAAACAAAUCAAUGGUUUUUGGAUUUACUUAAUGGGCUUAUUGAAGUAACGGUUAAAGACCUUACUCAAUAUCAACGAGCUAAAGACAUUUUCGACGAGCUCUGUAAAAAUAAAAUCCGAAGUAUUCAAGACUUUGAAUGGCUAAAACAAGCGAGAUUUUAUUACAACAACGAAACUGAAGACGUUGAUAUAAAAAUAACAGAUGUUAAUUUUAUUUAUCAGAACGAAUUUCUUGGCUGUACUGAUCGACUUGUAAUUACGCCAUUGACAGAUAGAUGUUACAUUACACUAGCACAGGCUGUUGGAAUGAACUUUGGAGGUGCUCCAGCUGGACCCGCUGGAACUGGUAAAACAGAAACAACUAAAGACAUGGGAAAAGCUCUUGGGAAAUACGUCAUCGUGUUUAACUGCUCUGAUCAAAUGGAUUUCCGGGGUCUUGGUAGAAUAUUCAAGGGUCUUGCUCAAGCGGGAGCUUGGGGAUGUUUUGAUGAAUUUAAUCGUAUUGAUUUGCCUGUACUUUCUGUUGCCGCACAACAAAUAGCCAUUGUUCUAACGGCGCGCAAAGAAAAACGUACAAGUUUUAUAUUCAGUGACGGUGAAACUUAUAAUAUCGAUUAUGAAUUUGGUAUUUUCAUAACAAUGAACCCUGGAUAUGCUGGAAGGCAAGAACUGCCGGAAAAUUUGAAAACACAAUUCCGUAGUGUUGCUAUGAUGGUACCGGAUAGGCAAAUCAUCAUACGAGUAAAAUUAGCAGCAUGUGGAUUUAAAGAAAACAUCGUACUUUCACGUAAAUUUUUCACAUUAUAUGCAUUGUGUGAAGAACAACUGAGUAAACAAGUGCACUAUGAUUUCGGUUUGAGAAAUAUACUAUCAUGUCUACGAACUCUUGGUGCUCAAAAACGCGCCCAUCCUGGUGAAUCUGAAGAAACAACACUCAUGCGAGUCCUUCGCGCAAUGAAUUUAACAAAACUAGUUGACGAAGAUGAGCCAUUAUUUUUAUCACUUAUUGAAGACAUGUUCCCGGGAAUAAAAUUAACAACCCAAACGUACAAAGAACUGCAAAAUGGAAUAACCAGCGCGGUAGAGUCGCUUGGAAUUAUAAAUAAUCUCGAGUGGAAUUUAAAAGUUAUCCAACUUUAUGAGACGUCUCUGGUGCGCCACGGUCUGAUGGUACUGGGUCCCACGGGAUCCGGAAAGACGCGAUGUAUGUGGGCAUUAAUGAGAGCUUUGAGUUUGAUGGGAAAACCUCAUAAAGAGAUUCGUAUGAAUCCAAAAGCCAUUACUGCGCCGCAAAUGUUUGGUAGACUUGAUGUUGCAACUAAUGACUGGACAGACGGGAUAUUUUCGACACUUUGGCGCCGGACAAUGGCUAUAAAGAAGACAGAAUAUGUGUGGCUGGUACUAGAUGGACCGGUAGACGCAGUAUGGAUAGAAAAUCUGAAUUCUGUUCUUGAUGAUAAUAAAACAUUGACACUCGCUAAUGGCGAUCGUAUUAUAAUGGCGUCAAAUAGUAAACUCGUGUUUGAACCAGACAAUAUUGACAAUGCAUCGCCGGCGACUGUUUCGCGAAUGGGGAUGGUCUUUAUCAGUGCUUCUGUGUUAAAAUGGUCGCCGAUACUCGAGGGUUGGCUGAAGACCAGACCGAGCCAUCAAGCGGAAAUACUGCGAGGACUUUUCCAUAAAAUAUAUGACGACGCUCAUACAUUUGUACAGACCAAGCUCCUUGCUAAGAUGACGCUUCUAGAGUCUCUUUAUAUCAGACAGUCUAUCGAUUUGCUGACAGGACUUUUGUUUCAAGAUGAUACUAACAAAUAUCAAGAUUUCCACAUCGAAAAGCUAUUUCUCUUCUCACUUCUAUGGAGCCUUGGCGCCGUUCUCGAGUUAGACACCCGAGCUGCUUUACAAGAAUUCUUGUUAAGUCAUCCGUCGAAAUGCGAUUGGCCGAAACUCUCACCGGAGGAAACAUUGUACGAGUACCUAGUCUCGGAUAAAGGCGAAUGGAUACAUUGGAGCCAGAUGGUACCUGACUUCGUAUAUCCACCGGAGCGUGUGCUAGAGUAUUACAGGAUAUUGGUUCCAAAUGUGGACAACACAAGGACUCUGUUUCUGAUCGACGUAAUUGCGCGGCAAGGAAAAGCUGUUUUGCUCAUUGGUGAACAGGGAACUGGUAAAACAGUCAUGAUAAAAAGUUACAUGUCUAAAUAUGAUCCUGAGUAUCACUUAAAUAAAUCAUUUAAUUUUUCAUCUGCAUCAACGCCAAACAUGGUCCAGAGAGUAUUCGAGAGUUACGUAGAAAAACGAGUUGGUACGACGUACGGACCAGCUGGCGGAAAGAAAAUGACAGUUUUUAUUGAUGAUAUUAAUAUGCCGGCAAUUAAUGAAUGGGGUGAUCAAAUAACAAAUGAAAUAGUGCGUCAAUUAAUGGAAUACUCGGGUUUUUAUUCGUUGGAUAAACCCGGUGAUUUUAAUUUCAUACAAGACAUACAAUUAUUAGCAGCAAUGAUACACCCUGGCGGGGGCAGAAACGACAUUCCUCCUCGUUUGAAACGACAGUUUAAUAUUUUUAAUUGCACGUUACCAUCUGAUAGAUCGAUGGACACGAUAUUUAGUGCUAUUGGCUGUGGUUAUUUCAGCGAAUCAAGAUUUGAUAAUGAAAUUGUUAAUUUUUUACCGAAAUUAGUACCGCUGACACGUAUUAUUUGGCAACAGACUAAAGCUAAAAUGUUGCCAACCCCAGCUAAAUUUCACUAUGUAUUUAAUUUACGUGAUUUGUCACGUAUUUGGGAAGGGAUUCUUCGAAUCCAGAGAGACGAAUGCAAAACACCGGGAACUUUACUCAAGCUCUGGGAUCACGAAUGCACUCGUGUUAUUUCAGACAGAUUUGUAAAUACAGACGACAGAGAUUGGUUUAAAAAAUGUUUACGUGAAAUGGGUGAAAAAUAUUUAGGAGAUAAUUUCAAAUAUUAUGAAGCUAUUGAUGGGUAUUUUGUUGACUUUUUACGUGAGCCUCCCGAACCAACGGGUGAUGAGCCAGAUGAUUUUAUUUUUGAAGCACCGAAAGUUUACGAACAAAUUCUGAGUUAUGAAGCUGUAAUAUCAAAAGUGCAUGAAAAUAUGGCUCAAUUUAAUGAGAGCAUCCGCGGUAUGAAUCUAGAUUUGGUAUUCUUUAACGAUGCGUUAGUUCAUUUAAUGAGAAUUUCACGAAUUCUUGGAGUGUCAAGGGGCAAUGCGAUGCUAGUUGGUGUUGGCGGAUCUGGUAAACAGAGUUUAACAAGAUUAGCCUCUUUUAUUGCUGGUUACAAUUUUUUCCAAAUUGUUUUAACGAGAAUUUAUAACGUCGCAAGUUUGAUGGAUGACAUAAGAAAACUGUACCGUGAAGCCGGUACCGGAAAUAAAGGAAUAACAUUUAUUUUUACUGACAACGAGAUUAAGGAUGAAUCAUUUCUUGAAUACAUAAAUAACGUAUUAAGUGUCGGAGAAAUAGCAAAUUUAUUUACUAAAGACGAGCUUGAUGAUAUAACAACAAGUGUAAUUCCAUUAAUGAAAAAAGACGAUCCUAAAUGUCCGCCAACCCAAGACAAUCUUUACAACUAUUUCAUAACACGAGCGAGAAAUAAUCUUCACAUUGUUUUAUGUUUUUCACCGGUGGGCGAAAAGUUUCGUUCGCGAUCAUUAAAAUUUCCCGCAUUGAUAUCCGGUUGCACAAUGAAUUGGUUUAGCAGAUGGCCUAGAGAUGCACUUUGUGCGGUCAGCAAUCAUUUUUUAAAAAAUUUUGAUAUUGUAUGUAGAAAUGAUAUUAAAGAAGAAUUAAUCGAAACUAUGGGCGAAAUCCACGAUAAUAUUAGUGAGACUUGCAAUGAUUAUUAUGAAAGAUAUCGCAGACGUAUUUACGUCACGCCCAAAUCAUUUUUGUCAUUUAUAAAUGGCUAUAAAGAAAUUUAUAAGCAACGUCUAGACGAAAUCAAUAAUCUCGCAUUCCGUAUGAGCAACGGCUUGAGUAAACUCGUGGAUGCUGCGGCUCAAGUAGACGAGUUACGAAAAGUUUUGGUUAAGAAUCAGGCUGAAAUUGCUGUAAAGAAUGUCCAAGUCGAGAAGAUACUUGCUACAGUUGAAGAGAAAAAAAAAGAUGCUGAAUCAAUAAAAGAAACAGUACUAAAAUCAAAAGAUGAAGCAGAAACAUUAUUAAAAAUAAUAUCCAAGGAAAAAGCUAUUGCUGAAGACAAGUUAAAAGCUGCUGAGCCAGCGUUACUUGAAGCCGAAUCUGCACUUCAAACAAUAAAAGCCGCGGACAUUUCGACAGUACGAAAACUUGGCAAACCACCGUAUCUUAUCACACUGAUUAUGGAUUGUGUUUUAAUAUUAUUUGGCCGUAAAUUGGAACCUGUAAAACUGGAUCCCGAUCAUCAAUUUUUUACCCCAUCGUGGUCGGAGGCAUUAAAAGUAUUGGCUGACACGCGUUUUCUGUACCACUUACGUGAUUUUCCAAAAGAUAACAUAAAUGGUGAAAUAAUCGAUUUAAUGAAACCGUACUUAAGUUAUCCGCUGUAUAAUUACGAAGCCGCUAAACAGGCUUGUGGUAAUGUUGCGGGUCUUUUACAAUGGACUAUUGCCAUGACAGAGUUUUAUAAAGUUAACAAAGACGUGUUGCCAUUAAAGGCCAAUUUAGCCAUUCAACAAAGUAAACAUGAGAAAGCUAAUAAGAACUUAGUUGCAGCACAACAAGUUCUAGCGGCUAAAGAUGAAGCUUUGAAAGUUGUUCAAGGUGAAUUUGACGCUGUAAUGACUGAGUAUCAGAAAGUUGUUGAUUUGGCAAAUGCAUGUCAAUCAAAAAUGGACACUGCAACGGCAUUAAUAGAAGGAUUGUCAGGUGAACGUGUACGUUGGACAAAUCAAUUGUCAACAUUUAAAUCGGAAACAGAACGACUGAUCGGUGAUGCGUUGAUACUAACUGGAUUUUUAUCUUACUGCGGACCGUUUAAUCAAGAAUUUCGUAUAUUUAUUCAAAAACGGUGGUUCAAUUUACUGCGAACAAGAAAAAUUCCGGUAUCUGCAGAUGUCAACGUUGUUGAUUCACUGUCAGAUACAGCAAUGACAGGAGAAUGGAAUUUACAAGGACUGCCAAAUGACGAAUUAUCAAUACAAAAUGGUAUUAUUGUAACACAAGCUACGAGAUAUCCAUUAUUGAUCGACCCACAGCUGCAAGGAAAAGCUUGGAUUAAAAAUAAAGAACAAGAAUUCAAUUUGCAAACUACGUUACUCAAUCAUAAAUAUUUUAGAAAUUAUUUAGAAGACUGUGUAUCUAUGGGGCGGCCUUUAUUGAUCGAAGAUGUUGCUGAAGAAUUGGAUCCAGUGCUCGAUAAUUUGUUGGAAAAAAAUUUUAUUAAAAUUGGCAACUCGUGGAAAGUCAAAUUAGGCGACAAAGAAGUUGAUAUUAAUAAUCAAUUUCGUUUAUAUAUUACAACUAAAUUGCCUAAUCCGUCUUAUACACCUGAGAUAUUUGCCAAGACGUCAAUUAUUGACUUCACUGUAACCAUGAAAGGCUUGGAGGAUCAGCUUCUCGGGCGAGUUAUAAUGACCGAAAAACGUGAAUUAGAGACAGAGAGAAUGCAAUUAAUCACUGACGUCACCACGAACAAGAGGAAGAUUAAGGAGUUGGAGGCAAACCUUCUGCACAAGCUGACAACAGUUCAAGGUUCCUUGAUCGAAGAUGUUGAGUUGAUGUCAGUACUUAAUACAACAAGAAAAACAGCAUCUGAUGUGACUAGAAAGCUUAACAUCGCACGAAAUACAGAGAUAGAAAUAAAUGCGGCGAGAGAAGAAUUUCGACCAGUAGCUACACGAGGCAGUGUGCUUUACUUUUUGAUAUGUGACAUGGCUUACGUGAACAGCAUGUAUCAGACUUCGCUCGUACAAUUUUUAGAACGAUUCGAUAUCUCUUUGACACGAUCGGAAAAAACACCCAUAAAUACCAGACGUAUUAACAACAUAAUCGAAUACCUGACCUAUGAAGUAUUUAAAUACAAAGCGCGUGGAUUGUAUGAAAAUCACAAGUACAUGUUUGUAUUAUUGAUGACACUGAAAAUAGAUUUACAACGUGGUGCAAUAAGUCAUCAAGAGUUUGAGUAUUUAAUAAAAGGCGGUGCGGCAUUGGACCUCAAUACCGUUAAACCAAAACCGUUUAAAUGGAUAACCGACAUGACGUGGCUGAAUUUAAUCGCACUGUCAUCAUUACAUCAGUUUCAGUAUGUUGUUAAAGUGGUUGAAGCUUCUGAAAAGACUUGGAAGUAUUGGUACGACCGCGAAGCGCCAGAAGAAGAAAUAAUUCCUGAUGGCUUUAAUACAUUGGAUCCAUUCCGUCGUCUUCUUUUAAUACGAGCAUGGUGUAUCGACCGAACACUGUCGCAAUCUCGAAAGUAUAUCGGCAGUUCGCUGGGGGCUAAAUACGCAGAGCCUGUGAUAACGCUGUUGGAUGUCAUGCAUGCCGAGUCGAGACCAAAUACUCCCAUGGUUUGUUUUCUCAGCAUGGGUUCAGAUCCUACACCGAGUAUUCAUCAGUUGGCGAAAAAAAUUGAAGUAUCUUGCAGAAGUAUUUCAAUGGGUCAGGGUCAAGAAGUUCAUGCUCGUCGAUUGCUUCAGAGUGCUAAGACUGAAGGAUACUGGGCGUUACUGCAAAAUUGUCAUCUCGGACUGGAUUACAUGAAUGAAUUAAUUGAUUUUAUAUUAGAAAUGGAACUACCACAUGAAAAUUUCCGUAUUUGGAUCACAACUGAGCCACACAAUGAUUUUCCAAUUUCUCUGCUCCAGAUGUCUAUUAAAUUCACAUACGAGCCACCUCAGGGUAUACGAGCUGGUUUACUUGCAACCUACAGUAGUAUGAAUCAAGACAUGUUGGAUCAAUGUGACGCUGCUCAGUAUAUUCCACUUGUCUACACAAUCUCUUUUUUACAUACGAUAGUUCAAGAAAGAAGAAAGUACGGUCCCCUCGGUUGGAACAUUCCCUACGAGUUCAAUUCUGCUGAUUGGCUCGCAUCCUGUAUGUUCAUAAAUAAUCAUUUGAAUGAUUAUGAUCCAAAGCGUGGAAUCAGCUGGCAGACUAUCAGAUAUAUGAUCGGAGAAGUUCAAUACGGUGGUAGAGUCACUGAUGACUAUGACAAACGUCUUUUAAAUACAUUCACCAAAGUCUGGUUCACAGAAUCAUUAUUCACUGACAAUUUCUUAUUUCACACCGGCUAUGGUGUUUUGAAUUUUAAACAAGUUAGUGAUUACUUGACAGCUAUCAACGAAAUGGAAUCUAUUGAUCCACCUCAAGUAUACGGACUUCAUCGUAACGCUGACAUAACAUAUCAGAGUCGUACGACACAAGAGAUAUUGGAUGUAAUAAUAUCAGUACAGCCGAAGGAAUCAAGUGGAGUUGGGGCGAGUGAGACUCGAGAAAUGAUUGUCAGUAGACAAGCUAAAGAUAUGUUAAAUAAAUUACCGGCAACUUACGAUCCAUUUGAAGUGAAAGCUCGUCUACAGAUCAUGGGAAUCACACAACCGAUGAAUAUAUUUCUCAAACAGGAAAUUGAUCGCAUGCAAGUGGUUAUCAAACUCGUGCGCUCAAUGCUCAAGGAUUUACUGCUUGCUAUUGAUGGUGUUAUUAUCAUGAAUGAACAAUUAAAGGACGCUCUGGAUAACAUUUACGACGCACGAAUUCCCAAAGUUUGGCGUUUACGUUCUUGGGAAUCGUCGACUCUCGGGUUUUGGUUUACGGAGUUACUCGAGAGGAAUCAGCAAUUCUCAAAUUGGAUUUUCCACUCUCGUCCACCGAAGUUCUGGAUGACAGGUUUCUUUAAUCCACAAGGAUUCUUAACCGCGAUGCGACAAGAGGUAACACGAGCACACAAAGGUUGGGCUCUUGACAACGUCACCCUUCACAAUGAAGUCAUGAGGCAGAUGUCUGAAGACGUCAGAAGUUCACCCGCUGAAGGUAUCUAUGUUUACGGGCUCUACUUAGACGGUGCCGGUUGGGAUCGCAGAAAUAAUCGUCUACGGGAGUCAUUUAACAAAGUCCUUUAUGUUGAAAUGCCGGUGGUACAUAUAUUUGCAUUGUACAAUAAACCCAUUAAGGAUCCAAAGCUUUAUCAAUGUCCUGUUUACAAGAAACCCAAGAGAACGUACGUACUGCUGGUGACUGCAUUGUGGUUGCAAACAAUCAAACCACCAGAAUUUUGGAUUUUACGUGGUGUAGCUUUAUUAUGUGAUAACAAAUAAACACACCCAUUUUUAUUAUUAUGAUCUC